AUGGAGGUCAAGAUGACACAGUGGAAAUGGGCCUCGGACUCUAUCUUCAAUGAUGAUGGUUUGAAGUUCCGCAAACACAUGUGCAAGCUGUUUGGCUACCUUGGUAUGAUACUGUCGAGGUAUCGAUGUCGCCAACCCAUCAUCGAGUUUACGGCCACCCAAGUACUCCAUCAAAACAUACGGGUAUCCGAAUGGCCCCUCUAUGGACAUCUCAAAUUCGAAAAUACGAGGUAUGGGGAUACUUGUACGUUGGCGGACGAUGUUCAUGGUGGCUAUCUCGCUCAGCAACGAGGUCUUGGUGUUGUCAUCGAUGGUGCGAUACGGAAUCCGAGCAAUCCAAUAGAUGUUGUCAGAAAAUGCGAGUUCAAGAACUAG